UGUGGGUUUUUUGCAUUUACUUUUGUAAAAAAUUUCAGAGUGAAAGCAAAAUUUCUGGGAAGAAGAGAAAACCUAUCUAAGUCCGCACAAAAUUAAAGGGAAGAAACUGAGAGAGAGAGUUUUGUUAAAUGUAAUUUUUGAGAAAAAUCUUUUUUGAGAGAUUUAUUUUUUAGCGGCUUCAGAUCAUAGACCUAGAGAAAUUACGUGUUGAUGAUGUGCUAAUUUAUUAUUAUUCAUAAAUGCGAGUGGAUUGCGUCAAAUCCUCUGUAAUUUCAUUUUGCGUGUAGUUUUGAAUUCGCAUUGAGUCAGUGGUCCUUGAGGAUACUCUGAUUUUUCUGUUAAUUUGAACAGAGAAUUUUAGCGACUGGAAACGACGUCGCAUAAGGCACUUUGCGCUUGAUUGCAAUAUGCCAUGGCUGAACCUUAGGGAAGCCUGUACAAUGCGACCAAAGUGGCUUGGAAUAUAAAGUACGGAGAGGAGUUUUCGCAUGGAAGAACUGCAGUAUUGAGUAAUCAUGAUGUUCAAGAGAUUAUGGUAUCCCUCAAAUCUGGAAACAAAUUGGACAAAUAUUCUAUGAUUCAGAAAGCUGAUAUGAAACUCGAAUCAGGGACUUGUAAUGUUUGCUCAGCUCCUUGUUCAUCUUGCAUGCAUCUUAACCGAGCUCUAAUGGGGUCAAAGGCCAAAGAAUUCUCUGAUGAAAACUCUCGCUUAGGGGAGGGUAAUCAGUAUUGUGAGGAUGAUGGGUCUUCUCCUGGUAGCAGAGCUUGCGAAAGAUUGAAGCAUGCUGGCGAUGACACCAAUCACAAGCCUAGUAUUUCUUCAACUCGUGAUUCUCGGUCUGAAAAUGCUGAGAAUGGACAAGCCUUAUCUGAGAACCAUCAGGAUUCUAAGUGUUUUGAAAGUCUUGAUGAUAUCACUUCUAGUAUUAGUAGGACCAGUAAUGCUAAUUUAGCGAGUGAUAGGCAACAAAUAAAUACAGACAGAGUAAAUGUAUCUAGUAGUUCAACUUUAGUCAGUCACUUAGAGGCAAAAGGAUUUGGACACGGGCCAUCUGUUGACAUGUCUGGUUUGUCAGAAUGCUGUAUGGAAAAUGUAGAUUCGUCAUUUACCAAAGGGGGAGUACCUAUUAUUGCUGCUGAUGCAAAACCUGUGGCAGAUAAGGAAAACCUAAAUAAUAUUACAGCCAAAGUAUCAGUGGAAAUAUGUCCGAAGUCAGAAGCACAUAUGGGAAAUAAUGUUGAUGUUGCUAAAGACGAAGAUCGUAAAUAUUCAGCCCAUGAUGGACUGCAUGAGAAGGUAGAUGAGCUGAUUAAAUCAUCUGGCAGGUCUGAACCUCAAUCAGAAGAUGAGGGUGAUGAAUCAGAUGUUGUUGAGCAUGAUGUAAAAGUAUGUGACAUCUGUGGAGAUGCUGGUCGUGAAGAUCUACUUGCCAUAUGUUGUAGGUGUAGUGAUGGUGCAGAGCACACCUACUGCAUGAGGGAAAUGCUUGUCAAGCUCCCGGAAGGUGAUUGGUUGUGUGAAGAAUGCAAGUGUGCAGAGGAUACAACAAAUCGAAGGCUCGUUGUUGAAGGAAAAAAAAAGCUUCAUAAAGUUAUUUCAGCUUCACAAAUUUCUGGCAAAAGACCUUCUCAAAGCAUGGAAAUAGCUACAGCAGCUAAAAGGCAAGCUCUUGAAUCGAGCACAGGAUCACCGAAGGCAUCAAGUCCAAAGAGAAUAGUCUCACUCACACGAGAAUCUUCUCUCAAGAGCAUGGAUAAAGGAAAGAUGAAGUCUGGGCAACAGAUCCCCAAGCGUAACCACCUUGGUGGCGAUAAUGUAGACCUUGCACGAUCUCUUUCGACUGGCUCUCGAAGUCAAAACCCAAGAAGUACGUUUUUGAAGUCCAAUUCAUUCAACAACUUCAAUUCCAAGCCUAGAAUCAAACUUGUCAAUGAAGUUGUUCCCCAAAAGCAGAAAGGGGGUGUCGAACAUAUUUCUAAGAAUAUUGCAACACCUGCGGGGAUGAUGAGCAAAUCAGUGUCAUUCAAAUCGUCACACUUGGGGCAGUCAAAUACUAAUGAUUCAAAAGUUAAAUCAAGUUUUUCUAAACCUGGAAUUGUUCAGGAUUUGAAACCAUUGAGACAUACAAAAGAAUCGGGUUCACUUGACAAGAAAUUUCAACCUAAGAUUGAUCGACCUGUCAUUUGUUCAACUACGGUUAGUUCUGUUGUUUCCACAUCAAAAGGUGAUCAUAUGCUUGCUCCUCAUGGUGAAACUGCUAAACCUCAUACAGUUAACAACAAUCGAGAGUUUAAGGUCAACCAAGAUGGAAAAGUACAUUCAUUAUCGAAGUCUAUGAAUAAUACAGGCAGUAGAAGCCCAGAACCCCAAGUUAGUUCAGAUAGAACAUCAACCAGUGUUGAUGAAACUCAACAGGAUAGGAUGCCUCGACCACAGGAGACUGUUAAUCAGGUUGACAGAACCAAAGAUAGUUCUAAUGAUCAUGUGAGGUCAGGUGUUACUAAUGCUUCAAAGAGUUCAUUCUGUCGUAAAUGUAAAGAUUUUGGCCAUGCUACAGAAUGUUGCUCGAGUAGUGGUAAGCAGGAAUUUGGUCAUGAAGCAUCAGUCAUUACAAGUAGUUCAAAAAAGGAUAUGCAUAAGGGAAAUAGAUUGAAAGCUGCAAUCCAGGCAGCUUUGCGUAGAAGGCCUGAAAUACACAAGAAGAAAGAAGGUCCUGAUGAAACUAACGAGUUUCCUACAUCAAGCACCGGUUUCAAACCUGAAGUCAAUUCUCAAAUCCAAGUGUUGGUUUCCAACACAAUGAAGAAUAAUAUAUCUUCUGAAGAAACCAAUGUGAAGCAGGAAAUUCUUGAGAGUCCUUUGUUUGAAACCUCUAAAUAUCCAUCUGCUAAUGAUCCGAAGCAACUUAAAUUUUGCCAAACUGAUCCUUGCUCUCAGCUGAGAAAGUCAGAUUUUGCUGCUCUCACUUCUGGAAAGCCUGUAGUGAGAGACUUGUCCAAUAAUGGCAUGGCGAUUUCAAGUGUUCUUUCGAAGAUGUCAGUGAUUCCCGAAUAUGAGUACAUCUGGCAGGGUGUCUUUGAAGUGCAUAGAAAUGGAAAGCCUGCAGACUUGUAUGCUGGAAUUCAGGCACAUUUAUCCGCAUGUGCUUCUCCCAAAGUUAUCGAGACAGUAAAGAAUUUUUUACCUGAAGUUUCCCUAAAUGAAGUUUCUCGAUUGAGCAUAUGGCCUUCACAAUUUCAUCAAAGUGGUGCUAAAGAAGAUAAUAUUGCUCUUUACUUCUUUGCCAAAGACAUUGAAAGUUACGAGAGACACUACAAGGGUCUAUUGGAUCACAUGGUUAGAAAUGAUUUGGCACUUAGGGGGACGUUUGAUGGUGUUGAACUUCUCAUAUUUGCAUCCAAUCAGCUUCCGGAAGAUUCACAACGUUGGAAUAUGUUAUUUUUUCUAUGGGGUAUAUUUAGAGGGAGGAGGAUCAAUCAUUCAGAUUCCACAAAAAGUGCAUGUAUUCCCAGUUUGAAUGUGAUGCCAAAUGAGAAGGAUUUUCCAUCUCUCAUCAUGACUUUGUCUGAAACUUGGUGUUCACCAAAACGCAUAGAUGAAGAGUCCAUUGGUCAAGGUCACAAUAAGCCAUGUAGGAAUUUUGAUAGUAAGGGAACUGUGUUUGGCCAGACACAUUUGGAAUUGCAAGUAAAGUUAGAGAGACAAGAUUCUAGAGUCAACACCAAAUCUACAUCAGGGAUUCAGAUCACCGGUACCCAAUUGUUUCAAGAAAUGAAUUCCUCUGGUUCGUCCCUGGGAGAUAGUGCACCAGAUCAUAGACGGUACAUACAGUCUAAACCUCCCGAAGCAAUGGGAAUUGGUGUAAGUAGAAGGAUUGUGGAAACAAAAACUAAUCCUGAUAUUUCUGGUAAGCAAGAGACCUCUUUGUCUUCGGAGAUUCCUUCUGUCGUUUGCCAAAUAGAUACUGCAAGUAAUAUCAUUAAGGAUAAAAUUUUAGAGAGAACAAAAUAUGAUGAGAAUCAGCAAAGGCCUAAAAGGAAGCAGUUGGAGAAUGAUCUAAAUAUUAAUGAGGAGGCAACGUUUCAGGGAGAGCUGGAUUUGGAAGGGGCCAACUUUCAGGUACCUACUGAUAAAAAAAUUAAGAAUAUUGAUCUUUCAGAUACAGUUGUGGAGGCUUCUACAGGUAGUUGUCGGAAACGGCCUUUGAAUGAGGUAAAUGGCAAAUUUGAAGACAGAGAAAGUAUCAAGAAGCUGCAAACAAGUUUGGGUGGAGCUUUUGGAUGUAACGAUUCUGCUGGAGCCAGGGUCUCUUUUAGUGGUAGUUUCCCAUCACUUGUGAACAAUCUUGGUUCCUGUUCUUCAGGGGGCAAAGAAGCUUGCGAUGAGAAAAUCAUCCACGAGGACCUAGGAACGAUGGAAAGAACCUUUUUUCCUGUGGAUACUCGUAAUAAACUUAACUUGGGGAUGGUGGUGAACAGAGAGUCACUGAAUGGGCCUCGUGAGUACGUGGAACAAUUUGAAGUUGGGAUUCCAAAUUUGGAGCUUGCUUUGGGAGGUGAAACGAAACCGUCACACAAGGGUAUGAUGCCUUUCUUUGUUGGUGCAGCUGACAAGAAAAUCAACCCAGAAAAGACUGCAGAUAUCGAGCGAGAUGAUGACAACGUUGCUGCAUCUCUUUCCUUGUCACUAUCCUUUCCAUCAUCAAGCAAAGAACACAUCAAACCAGUUGCACGAGAUGAGCCUUUGCCCGAUGCUAAAUCACCGUUUCUUCUUUUUGGUAGAUUCACGGACAAAUAAAUAAACAUGCUGCGUUGCUAUUUCUAACCAUGUACAUUUCUUGUUCUUGUUCCAGAUGCCUUUGAUAAAGCAGCCAUAUAGCCUAUCAUCAUGUAUGUAAUAGUCCAGUGAAUCCCUUAUACAGAGAAGAGACGUUCACCUGUUCAUGUACCCGGCGGCUAAAAUAAGUUUUCUUUUCUUUUCUCCCCUUUGUUAAAUACUUGCUUCUGUACUUUCUUUUUGGUUUCAGAACGCAUAGUUACGGCUGUUUGUGUUUGUAUAUAGAGAGAAUUUCAGCCGAUAUAAUUUCAGAAAUGUUACUAGGAACUUGCGGAUGACUAUUUUUAUGACAUGGUUUCCUUUGUUCCUGGCUUCA